CCAUCCCCAUCCCCGCCGUGGCCGGCCAUGUCGUGCACAGGCGCGCAUUUUCAGCUCUGAUCGCAUGUCUUCGUAACAUAUCUUUCGCUGCCGUCUCGAUCGCACCUUUCCGCCGCAUCGACAUGGCUUCCCAUCCUCACUCAUCCCACGACUCGCCUCAGCUCAUGAACCAGCCUGGCCUCGAUCACGCCGACGAGAAACUCGAGGCCGGCGAACACUCCUGCAAGGACGACACGGGCAGCAACGACAGAUCGGAGCGCGUGGGGAAGGAGCAUGAGCAUGCCUCAGCGAAUGGAGCCAAGCGGGACCAGCUCGGCGCACACGACAAGUACGAGUUGACCGAGGAUGACUGCUACGAAGAGCUGGGCUUUUGCUAUCCGAACGGGAAGAAGUGGUACAUCCUCACCGUCAUUUUCAUCGUCCAGGUAUCCAUGAACUUCAACACGUCUCUGUACAGCAAUGCCAUUCCUGGCAUUGCAGAGGAAUUCGGCGUCAGUGCGCAGGCGGCGAGGUGCGGUGCCAUGAUCUUCCUGGUGACUUAUGCAUUCGGUUGCGAGCUGUGGGCCCCAUGGUCGGAGGAAUUCGGACGCUGGCCCAUCCUCCAGCUUUCACUCUUCCUCGUCAACAUCUGGCAGCUCCCAGUGGCCCUGGCAAACAACUUCGCCACCAUCAUGGUCGGACGAGCCCUGGGUGGUCUGUCAUCCGCCGGUGGCUCCGUCACCCUGGGCAUGAUUGCCGACAUGUGGGAGGCAGACACUCAGCAAUAUGCCGUCGCAUACGUUGUGUUCUCGUCUGUGGGUGGCUCGAUUUUGGGUCCAAUUGUGGGUGGUUUCAGUGAGCAAUAUCUCAGCUGGAGAUGGUCCAUCUGGAUCCAGCUCAUAUUCGGCGGGUUUGUCCAGAUCCUGCACUUCUUGACCGUGCCGGAAACUCGCACCACCAUCAUGUUGAACCGAAUAGCGAAGAAGCGCAGAAAGGCCAAUCCGGAGGCCAACUGCUGGGGUCCCGAUGAGCUCGUGCCGUUCAAGGAUCGAUUCUCCGCCAAGGAAGUGCUGAUCACGUGGAUUCGUCCCUUCAAGAUGUUUUUGACCGAGCCAAUCGUCCUGGUCUUGUCGCUUCUGUCAGGUUUCUCCGACGCCUUGAUCUUCAUGUUCAUUCAGUCAUUCGCACUGGUCUACGAGCAGUGGAAUUUCGACGCGGUUCAGGUCGGCCUGUCCUUCAUCUCGAUCGGGGUGGGCUAUGUCAUUGCAUGGGCCCUCUUCAUUCCAGCCAUCAGACGCAACAUCAAGGAACGCGCGGCAAAACCGGACGACGAGCGCGCACAGUACGAAUCUCGCCUGUGGUUCCUGCUCUACACUGCACCAUGCCUGCCCAUCGGAUUGAUUGGUUUCGCUUGGACGAUUCAAGGCCCUCCGAUUCACUGGAUAGGAUCGAUGAUUUUCGCGGCGGUCGUCGGUAUUGCCAACUACUCCAUCUACAUGGCGACCAUUGACUAUAUGAUUUGUGCCUAUGGUCCAUACUCUGCGUCUGCAACUGGAGGGAACGGAUGGUCUCGCGACUUUCUCGCCGGUAUUCUCACCGUUCCCGCCACUCCCUUCUUCUCGAACAUUGGGGCUAGCAGCGGCAACAAUCUCGAGUAUGCCUGCACCAUUCUUUUCUGCAUCUCCGCGAUCCUUGUGGCUGCCGUGUAUGUCAUCUACUGGAAGGGUCCGACACUCCGUGCCCGCUCGCCCUUCGCGCAGCAGCUUGCCCAGGAAGCGAGGAACGCCAGCGUCGACGGAGGAAGGCGCCCAAGCGCGAUUGCUUAUGGUGGAUCUCGCCGAGGCAGCUACGCAAGCCAAUCUCGACGAGGUCCGGGACAGCGUUCAUACUCCCAGCAGAACCGCUUCUUUGGAGAGAGCAGAAUCACUCCGCGAGGAACUCCGAGAGGCACGCCAUCAGCGAGUCGCGUGAAUUCUGUGGCGAAUCUCCACAAGGCGAAGACAACCGGUCAUGCUGCGGUCUAGAAGUCCCCACUCCAGAGUAUUCCGGAGCACCAAAUCGAAGAGGAUGAUCUCAUACAUGGUUGAUACAGCAUGGCUAUAUGCAUAUCAAGGCUUUACGACAUCAAUGAAUGCAACGUUUGAUCUUCUGCAGAUGUCCUCAGUUCGCAGUAUCUUGAAAUCGUGAUCUGACUGCUUCGAGUGAUGCAGCCG